AUGGAAGGAAUCGUAUCGUCUAUUAUAAAGGAACUGAAAUUGGAUGAUAAUCAAAUAACGAAUAUUUUUAAUUAUGGUUCAUGGGUUUACGGGACGAAUCAUGAAAAAUCUGAUCGUGAUUUUCUUAUUAUAAUGAAUAUAGAAGGUAAACGUUUAAGAUUCAAGGAAGAUUUUGAUUAUUUUCAUUCAUUUAAAUUGCAUCGAAUAAAUAAGUAUGAUGUAACUAUUCAUACGUGUCAAAAUUUUGAAUUAUUAUUAGAAAAAAACUAUAUGUUAGCUGUUGAAUGUCUAUUUUAUCCCAGUGAAUUUAUUUUAAGAAAUAACAUUGAUUAUAAAACAAUUUAUUUAUCAAAAUAUUAUAAUCCAUUACGAAUCAAACAAGUAGCAUUUUAUGAAAAUAAUGAAAGUUUUAAAUAUAUAAUUGAUAAUGAGCAAAAUGGUUCAUAUUUCUAUCAACAACGAUCAAAGACUAAUCUGACAAUCGAUCAGUUUGUAUGUGAUGCUAUUCCCACGACAACGCUUGAUGAAGAUCGAGUACUGAAAUAUUUAUUUCAUGGUGUAAGAUAUUUAGAUAUUGGUGAACAAUUAAUUCGAACAAAAUCAAUAUAUGAGUUUAAACGUGCAUCCUAUGUUUUAUUCGAGAUGAAAAAUAUCUACAUAGAAAAUAAUAAAGAUAUUGAUUUUGUUGUUGAUUAUAUUAAAACGAAAGGCAAAGAAUAUAAAACAAAACUAAAUGAACUUAUAAAAACCAAUACUAUUGAUGAUGCAUUUAAAGUUCAUAUUACUGUUGAUCAUCGUGAGAUGGAAAAGUUGUUAAAUGUCUGUAAAAUAAAUAAAUUAAAACCGAUAUUUAUUCAUCUGCAAAAUGGUAAUAAUCCACAACAGUUAAUGACAUCAUCAUCUCAUGUUGGAACAUUUCCUGAAAUAGUUGAACAAAUGAAAAUAUUCGCUGAUUUACAAUUUAAAGACUUGAAUAUUAUUAGAUUGAAAAUUAAAUCUUCAGCAUCACAUAAGGGUGUACCAGAGGAAAAUGUUGAUAAAUUAUUUUGGAGUCAAAAAUCAAAUUAUUUUGAAUUUCGUUAUAAAAUAUAUGUUAGUUCAAAAUCACAAUUAGGUAGAUUAAACGCAUUAUGUAUACAACAAAAUCUUUGUUUAGCAUUUAAUGCAUUUGAAACGAAAUCAACCUAUGAAAGGUAUUAUAUUGCUACAAUGAGAUUGUUUCAUACUGGCCGAAAAAAUGCAUAUGUUACAAAUAAUUAUAUUCUUCAAUCUUUGACGAGAAAUGAUUUUUCACCAGUAGAAGUCGAGAACGAAUUUGUCGUUUAUGAUUCAAAUAUCAAUUUGGAUAGUGGAUGGGGUGAAACUAUACCGAAUUCAUUAGAAUCGAAUUCAAGUGUAACCAAACCCAGUGCUAAAUAUAGAAUUGGUUUUAAAAAUCGAAAAUAUUUUCCUCGCUCCAGUUAA